AUCUUGGUCGUGGAGGAGCGGGCUGCACGCGUGAGUAAAUAAGCGCGAGCCGGGAGCGAACGGCGUCCCGGGGCAGAGAGCGGCGGAGCGGACUUCCCGCGUGGGGUGAGGAGCGGGAGUCUCGGCCGGCUCCGCCUCUGCCCCCUCGCGGCCGUGCUGCCUGGGAAGCGGCGGCCGGAGCCCGGCGGGCGGGAGGUCGGCCUGCGAGCGGGCGCGCGGCCCGGCGUGCAGGUGAGGGCGCCGCGCGGGCUGUGCCACCGGUCACUGGUGUCUUCCGGCCUCACUUCAGGGUGGCCGACAUGACGGCCCCAGGUCGUAGCCCCCUGGAGCCGCUUCUGGAGACAUGGGAGGACCCCUCGGUGUCUCCCGGAGAGCAGACGGACGCCUACCUAACUCUGACCAGUCGUAUGACAGGAGAAGAAGGAAAAGAAGUUAUUGCAGAAAUCGAGAAAAACCUUCCUCGGUUGUACACGGUUUUAAAGGCUCACAUUUGCAGUCAGAGCUCAGAACUGAGUAGUGCUGCUCUACAAGCCUUGGGAUUUUGUUUAUAUAAUCCCAGAAUUACCUCAGGAUUAUCAGAGACAAAUAUUCAAGAACUGCUAUUAACCUUGAAUGGUAUCAUUAAGAGUUCAGACAAAAAUGUGUGUACCAGGGCACUGUGGGUAAUAUCCAAACAGACAUUUCCUACUGAACUUGUUAGCAAAAUGGUAUCCAGUAUUAUUGAUUCGUUGGAAGUGAUACUAAGUAAAGGAGAGAUACAUUCUGCUGUUGUUGAUUUUGAAGCAUUAAAUGUUAUUAUAAGGCUAAUUGAACAAGCACCAGUUCAAAUGGGAGAAGAGUCUGUGAGAUGGGCCAAAUUGGUCAUACCAUUGGUUGUUCACUCAGCACAAAAAGUACACUUGCGGGGAGCCACUGCGCUAGAAAUGGGGAUGCCACUGCUGCUUCAGAAACAACAAGAAAUAGCCUUGAUUACAGAGCACCUUAUGACUACGAAAUUAAUCUCAGAACUCCAAAAGCUAUUUAUGAGUAAAAAUGAGACUUAUGUGUUAAAAUUAUGGCCUUUGUUUGUCAAACUUCUUGGAAAGACAUUGCACCGAAGUGGGAGUUUCAUCAAUUCUUUGUUACAGCUGGAAGAACUAGGCUUCCGUAGUGGGACACCCAUGAUUAAAAAAAUAGCUUUCAUUGCUUGGAAAAGCUUAAUAGACAAUUUUGCUUUAAACCCAGAUAUACUUUGUAGUGCAAAAAGACUGAAGUUGUUAAUGCAGCCUUUGAGUUCCAUCCAUGUGAGAACAGAAACUUUAGCACUAACAAAACUAGAAGUCUGGUGGUAUUUACUGAUGAGACUUGGGCCUCAGCUCCCUGCCAAUUUUGAACAGGUUUGUGUGCCACUGAUUCAGAGUACAAUAAGCGUUGAUAGUAGUGCUUCACCUCAAGGCAGUUCAUCUCGAGGAUCUACUCCUGGCUUGAGUCCACUGACUCCUGGAAAUAAAGGUGCUUCUUACGGAACGCCUCGUGUGAACCUGGGUUCAAAUAUAGGUGGAAUGGCUACAAUCCCUUCUAUUCAGCUUUUGGGACUGGAAAUGAUGCUUCAUUUUUUGUUGGGUCCAGAAGUCUUGAGUUUUGCCAAGCAGCACAAGAUUGUAUUGAGUUUAGAGCCCCUGGAGCAUCCACUCAUCAGCAGCCCUUCUUUCUUCUCCAAGUAUGCACAUACGCUCAUCACUGCUGUUCAUGACAGCUUUGUCGCAGUUGGAAAGGAUGCUUCAGAUGCAGUAGUCAGUGCUAUCUGGAAGGAGCUAAUUAGUUUGGUGAAGUCAGUUACUGAGUCAGGAAACAGAAAAGAAAGAUCAGGUUCUGAAGUUUUGACCCUCCUACUAAAAUCUUUGGAAAACAUAGUGAAGUCAGAAGUAUUUCCUGUAUCAAAAACACUGGUUCUCAUGGAAAUUACAGUUAAAGGACUUCCUCAGAAAGUAUUAGGUUCACCAGCAUAUCAGGUUGCUAAUAUGGAUAUUCUUAAUGGAACUCCAGCAUUGUUCUUAAUCCAGUUAAUUUUAAACAACAAUCUUUUAGAAUGUGGUGUAGAAGAUGAAAAGUUUUUUCUCAAUCUAGAAACACUUGUAGGCUGUGUGCUUUCUGGUCCGACAUCACCACUGGCUUUCAGUGAUUCUGUAUUAACUGUGAUUAAUCAGAAUGCAAAGCAGUUGGCAAACAAGGAGCAUCUCUGGAGAAUGUGGAGUAUGAUAGUCAGUCCACUGACGGAUGUGAUUCAUCAGACCAAUGAAGUGAAUCAAGGUGAUGCCUUAGAACAUAAUUUUAGUGCCAUCUAUGGUGCAUUGACUUUGCCAAUAAACCAUAUUUUUUCAACUCCAACAUUUCCCACGGGUACCAUGAAAACUUUACUUAAAACUUGGUCAGAAUUGUAUAGAGCUUUUGCUCGCUGCGCUGCUGUGGUGGCAACAGCAGAAGAGAAUUUGUGCUGUGAAGAACUUUCUUCUAAAAUAAUGUGCAGUUUGGAAGAUGAAGCCCUUUCAGACUUGCUGUUCUUGGACAGGAUUUCUCAUGUUGUUGUAGUAAUGGUUGAUUGUAUUGACUUUUCACCAUAUAAUAUUAAAUACCAGCCGAAAAUCAAAUCACCACAGAGAUCUUCAGAUUGGUCCAGGAAGAAGAAGGAGCCCCUAGGGAAAUUGGCUUCUUUAUUUAAGCUAAUCGUGAGAAUCAUCGAUUCUUUCCACACUCUAAGCCUCAAGGAAACAUACUCUGAUACACUGCUUGCUAUUGGUAACUCUAUCAUUAGCAUGCUUUCCAAUAUAUUUGGACAUAUUUCUUUGUCGUCUAUGAUCCGAGAAAUAUUUACAACUUUUACAAGACCCCUGGCUUUACUCUAUGAAAAUUCAAAGCUUGAUGAGGUUCCUAAAGUGUAUACUAGUUUGAACAACAAGUUAGAAAAGUUAUUAGGAGAAAUUGUUGCUUGUCUACAGUUCAACUAUCUUGGAGCCUAUGACAGUGAACUUCUUGGACAACUUUCUCCACUCCUGUGCAUAAUUUUUCUUCACAAGAAUAAACAGAUUCGGAAACAGAGUGCUGUGUUGUGGAAUGCUACAUUUGCUAAAGCAACAGCUCUGAUCUAUCCUGAGGAAUUAAAACCAAUAUUAAGACAAGCCAAACAAAAAAUCUUGCUUCUUUUGCCUGGUUUGGAAAAUGUUGAGAUGAUGGAUGAGUCCAGUGGACCAUAUUCAGAUGCAACAGAGAAUUCACAAUUAAAUGUCAAGAUAAGUGGCAUGGAAAGAAAAUCAAGUGGAAAGAGAGAUUCCAUUUUGGCACAUACAAAGGAGAAAAAAGAAAAUGUGAGAUUAUCAGCCAAACUGAAACUAGACUCUUCAUCUCCAAAAUUAAAGAAUGGUAAGCUUUUGGAAGAGGAAAAGUCUACAGACUUUGUCUUCAUACCUCCAGAAGGAAAAGAGACAAAGGCAAGGAUUCUAACUGAGCACCAGAAAGAAGUACUCAAAACAAAACGGUGUGAUAUUCCUGCUUUGUAUAAUAAUCUGGAUGCGUCACAAGACACUUUAUUUUCUGCUCAGUUUAGUCAAGAAGAAUCAAUGGAAAGCCUCACUUUAACUGAAAAACCGAAAGAAGAUGCCAAGAUAAUUAAGGAAGAGCAAAUGGAGAGUGCCAUUUUCAUUCCUCAAGAUGCCCCAGAAAACUGUACAAUAGAUCAACAUCCUGAGAAAGCUUCUUUACCAAAUUACGGUGGCUCUGUUGCUGAAACCAAUCCAGAAACUCUGAGCACUGGUUUUGAUGCUAGAAAAGAAAUGUUAAUUUCAUCAAAGAUGUCAGCUGAAUGUUCAUCUAGUUCAGAAACUACAGUGGUUAGCAGUAGUUCAGUUUCUAAUGCCACUUUUUCUGGAACUCCACAGCCUACAAGUCGGAGACAAACCUUUAUUACUUUGGAGAAAUUUGAUGGUUCAGAAACUAGACCUUUCAGUCCAUCCCCCUUGAGUAACUUGUCUUCCACUGUUACAGUGAGAAACAACCAAGAUAACACAACUAAAACUGAUAUGCCACAAAAAGCAAGGAAAAGAGAAGUGACUCACUCAAAAUCUGAUUCAGAAAAAUUAGCGAAUGGAGGUAAGAAGUCAAGCAGGAGGUGGAGUAAAGCUGAGCAGUCAGUUAAUAAAAAGUUUAAGCCUUCACCGACAUCUGAACAGGAAGAACAGUCAUUUGAAAACAACCCUCCUGAUUUGCUCAGUUCAGCAGAAUGUGUGUCAGAAAAUCAUGAUCAUCCUUCUGAAGCUACUCUAGAGCAUGAAGAUCGAGAUCCUAGAGCAUCAGUGGAAAAUGCUUCAUUGGAAGACUUAGCAGAAGGAAAAAAUGUAGGCAUUAAUAAGGACCCUAAAGAAAGUGCAUCCCCAGUUGUAGCAGCAACAGAACAAACAGUAAAUGAAGGGAGUCAAGCUGCCGCAGCAGCUCCCAAUCCAAAAGCACUCAGACGGUCCUCAAGGCGGCGUUCAGAAGCAGUAGAGUCUUCUGGUGACAGCCAGGAGAAGGAAAGUGGUCAACAAAAAAGGGAAAGACGAAAAGAAGAAGAAAGGACAAUUUCAAAGAGUCCAUGUCAUAUCAAAGAUGAUAAGUUGCCCAAGCAAAAACUAACGGCUGAGCCACCUAUACAGGAAAAUUUAACUGAAAAAGAAAAUAGUUUACAGGAGAGAACUUUAGGGGAACCCAGCGCUAAUGCUGAAAUUGACCAAAAUAGAAGAAAACCUGACCUUGAGACCGUUAGCUCUGAGGGAGGUGGUGGCACUUUGGACAAUGUAGAUAAGUCAUCUGAGAAGCCUUUAAGAGGUCGGACACGUUAUCAAACAAGAAGAGCUUCUCAGGGUUUGAUUUCCGGUGUUGAAAACUCAGAAUCUGAUAGUUCUGAGGCAAAGGAAGAAGUUUCUAGAAAGAAACGAUCAGGAAAAUGGAAAAAUAAAAGUAGUGACAGUGUUGAUAUUGAAGAACAAGAAGAAAAAAUGGUUGAAGAUGAAGUUAUGAAAACUGCAAGUCAGACACAUGAUGGUCAGGCAGUUCCUGAUGAUAUAAAUGCAGUAGCUCAGAUUUGUGAAAAAAAUAUAAAUAAUAGGGUAAUCCUUCAGGAUUCUUCUGGGUCUACAGAUUCACUGCAAGUUUCACUAACAGGCGAGGACAAAAGUAAGACUAGCAAAUGUUUAGACAGUUCACUUGUAAGUCUACCUGUGCCAGAAUCAAACCUCAGGACUAGAAAUGCCAGUAAAAGAUUAUAUAAACGAGAUACUGAUAGUAAUGUGGGGGCAUCAGACAUGUCUAUGUCUCCUGAAAAAUGCACCCAAGUAGUUGAAUGCCAGCACAAGAGAAGUAGGAGAGUCAGGAGGUCUAAAAGUUGUGACUGCUGUGGAGAAAAAUCACAGUCCCAGGAAAAGUCAUUUACUGGGUUAAAGAACACAGAAAGUUCUGCCAUGAAGAGCUUGGAGACAAAAAAGACAGAUCUACAAAUGCCUGAGACUGCACCUGAAACUCAGGAAGCCAAUGAGCAUGUUGAAACAAAGUCAGUAGGCAAACAGCCUGUUGUGAAUUUUCAUUUGGGUCUUGAAGAGAUUUCAGCUACUGGUGAUCUAAUUAAAUCUGAACCUAAAUUGGAAGAAGAUAGUAAAAAUUCCCCUCCUUCUGAACCAGUAAAUAUGAAAGAGAAAACUUAUGGUACAGAUGCUAGUGAAGCAGUAUCUGAAAUCCAAGAGCCAUGUGGUGAGGAAUACAAUGCUCCUGAGGACCCAUGCUUAAGUGACUGCAAGGACAUUUCACAGAAGUACCCUUUAGAUAACAAAGCAGAAAGUCCAGAAGCUAUUCUGCAAAAAGAGUUGGACAUCAGCAAUGUAGGAAAGGCAUGCAAAGUAAUGGAUGGGUCCAGUCCAGAGGGAGUUGAAAGUAUAGAAUCCAGUGUGAGAAAGGACACAUUUGGAGCUGCUGUCUCUGAAAAGAGUACCCAAAUGGAUGUUUCUGUAGAUGUGGCAACAGAGGAAGAUAAUAAAAAGGAUGAGUGUGAAGCAGUCACAACUGAAGUGAAUGCUGAAGGAGUAGCCACUGAGGACUUUAAUUCAAGUAUGGGUCUUUCUGAUACUACCACACCUGUAAGUAAGGAUGUUCAGGCUGAGCAUCCAGCAAGUGGGGAACUAGAGGCGGGUAGCAAUGAAUCUGAUUCAGGCUCAUGUGAGGAAAUGAACAAAGAAAUGGAAAGUUACAAAGCACAAAUGAACACUGAAAUUGACAAUGCCAGGGUAAAGGAUAUGGACAUGAUUGCCAGCACCUCUAAAUCUGAAGAAGCACUGAUUGGGAGACUUGAUGUCAACACUGAGGGCUUUGUUAGCGACAUUGAAAUGAGUUCUGGAGAAGGAACUGGUAAAUGCAAAACUGAAACAAACAUUGAACUUAAUAAAUUAGAUGAAAUAAAAUUAGGUGGUAAUCAAACUACAGUGGGAAAUGAAACUCUGCAGGAAGUUUGCUUUACUUCAGAGAAAGUGGAGGAAUUACCACAGCCUCUGAUACCCGAAGUGACUUCUGAACUUGGAGCAGAAAGCAAUAAUGUAUCCCCUGUCAAGUUAGAGCUGGAUCCUUCCUUUGGAUCAGCAAGUGAAAGUCCUAGUGGUGUGCAGGCACGCUGUGUCUGGUCGCCUUUGGCUUCUCCAUCCACAAGCAUUUUAAAGAGAGCACUAAAAAGAUCCCAAGAAGAUGAGAUCUCACCAAUUAACAAGGUUAGACGUGUCUCAUUUGCAGAUCCAAUAUACCAAGCAGGAUUGGCAGAUGACAUUGAUAGGCGCUGCUCUGUUGUUAGGUCUCAUUCUUCAAAUAGCUCUCCUGUAAUAAAAAGUGUUAAAACUUCACCUACUUCACACUCUAAGCAUAAUACCACUUCAGCCAAAGGAUUUCUGUCCCCAGGAUCACAGAGCUCUAAAUUUAAGAGCUCAAAGAAGUGUUUAAUUACAGAAAUGGCCCAAGAAUCCAUGCUAUCCCCAACAGAAAGUGUUUACCCAGCUUUGGUGAACUGUGCAGCAUCAGUUGACAUCAUUUUACCUCAGAUUACAUCAAACAUGUGGGCAAGAGGUCUUGGACAACUUAUCAGAGCCAAGAAUAUAAAAACGAUUGGUGAUUUGAGUACACUUACAGCAUCUGAAAUAAAAACUCUUCCUAUUCGCUCUCCAAAGGUGUUUAAUGUAAAAAAGGCCCUCAGAGUAUACCAUGAACAACAGAUGAAAUCUCGUGGACUUGAAGAAAUUCCAAUUUUUGAUAUUUCUGAAAAGGCAGUAAAUGGGGUAGAGAGCAAGACCCUGUCCACGGAUGAAGAAAGGUUUGCCUCAGAUUUGAUUGAUCCUGUGACCUUAGAUACCCCACUGUCUAAAAAUCUUGUGGCACAGAUUAGUGCUCUUGCUCUUCAGCUGGACUCAGAAGACCUCUACAGCUACUCUGGAAGCCAGCUGUUUGAAAUGCAUGAAAAACUUGGUACCAUGGCAAACUCUAUAAUAAGAAAUCUACAGUCACGUUGGAGAUCGACAGCCCAUGAAAAUUCUUAGUAUUUUAAGAGAAAUGUAAAGUUUUUUCACCAUCAGAUUUUAUUUUUUGUUUUUUUAGAAAUAUCCAUACCAUUUAAAGAAGAAACUUUGUAAAGUUGGUAAAAUAACCAAGUCCUGAAAGGCAAUGAAUUACUAGGUCAGUUUUAUAAGUUAAUUAGAUCUUCCCUACUGUAUUUUCUUGGCCAGUACACAAUAGUUUUUUAAGAAAUUUAAAUGUUACUGAAACUUGAAAGCAAAAGAAAUAUACAUACUUUUUUUUCAUGCUUCAACUCAUGCAUAUUUUGGUAUAGUUCAUGCAAAAGAUUUUAAUUAAAAUAGAAGAAAAGUUUUAUUUACACUUUAUUGAAUUGAUAGAGAUGUUUAUACUCUUUCAAAAUAUUUAUAUUUGUUGUGCCUGGUGGAACACCUAUACUGAGAUACAGAAGAAUGAGAGCAUUUCCUGAAGAUUACAGCUGUAGAGACUCUGGAACACCAAGUUUCAACUUGUUGGACGUUAAAAUAAUAAUGGCUGAAUUCACUAAGAUUCUGUUCAUUUGGCAUUGACAAAUACGUGUACAGCAGCCUUUGUGAAAAUGUUCUCUUAGAAAGUAUAGUGUUCACUCUUAAAUGCAUGACUUUGUACAUUAUGUAUAGAAGACAAUGUUUUUUAAUUUAUAAAGUUCAGCCUUCAUGAAUUGCAUGAGUUUUUCUGCAGCUUUUUGUGAAUACUAUUGUUUUGUGUAAUAGAAACAUUUGUAUAUAUUUAAUAUCAAAAUAACCGUAUGGAUAGUAAAAGUACUUCAUUGGACCUACUGUGGAUAUUCGUAGGUGUCUUUAUCUACAAAUAAAGCAACAGAUAGUUUUGUAUUUAGUUAAAACAGGAGUUUAUUUUCUAAAAUGUCCAGAAUAAUUAAAAUUAUUAGAACCAGAAAAUGUUACAUGCCACUACCUUUUUUCUUAUGGUUUGGAAAAGGAUCCCAGCCACUGGAAAAUGUGCCUCCCUCAUAUGUUUCUUCUUAAUGGAGAGUUAUCCUGGAUAUUUUUAUUGCAGGUUGUACUAUAGACCGUCUGUACAGACACCUGGUGUUUCACAUAGAUUGAAGACUAAACUUGGAAGACAUUUGAAACUGCCAUUUUUGUAUGUAUGUUUUUGUCAAGUUAAAAAGAUUAGGAUAUAUAAUUAAACCAUUUGUAAAUUUUACCAAGUACUUAGUGCCUGCCUUCACACAUUUGUUUCAUAGGUUCUAUUUAUUUGUUUUGUUUUGUUUUGUUGUUGUUUUUGAGAUACAGUUUCUGUAGCCCAGGCUAGCUCUGAACUUUUAUGAUCCUCCUGCCUCUGCUGUCUGUUCUGGUAUUGCCUGUGUUUGCCACCAUGCCCAGCUGUGUUUUGUGUUUCCCCCAGGAUAUACUUUGCUUGUUUUCUGAGUAAAAUCAGUGAGUGAUCUUAGUUUCAAACUUAACCUCUACUUAGAAAGACACUGUGAUUUAAAGCCAUUGCCUUUUGUAGUUUAAGGUCUCCUUUUUUCCAGCAGAGAAACCACCCUGCUGCCCCACCUAAAUAACGUUGGUGGCACUUUUCUAAUUGUAAAUCAUUAUAGAUAUUUUUGGGACUUAGUAUAUUUACCUACAAAGAGGGUCAUAAAAAUUGUGGGAUUGUUGCACAAGGACUUAGGAGUCAAUAAUGAAAGAGAAAAAGACUGGUGUUUAAAAACCUUGAUAAUGGUGGUUUGCAUGAACACUCAGUGAGUAGGAAUGAUUAGCCAGGAAUAUGGGGACGUAUGGAACAGCUCAUUGUACAAACUGUAUUCUUUAACUCUAGUUUCUCGCUUGGAGGUACAACUAAGUUCUUAGGGGGCUCAAAGUAUAGCAGGAGGUGUGGCAAAUGGUUUUCAUAAAAUUCCUGAAUUUAAUAAACACAUGUCUGAGUUAAGCAUAGUUCAGUGAGAUAUGGUAUUUUACUGUAAUAAGUCAGUUUAUUGAAUCUUCAUUGUUAUAUAUAAGGUUGAGUCACCUUAUUUUUGAUAUUCCUGGCUUAGCUUUUUUUCCCUAUUCCUAAAAUAGCAUUAAUAUUUCUGAGUGGACCCUAAAGAGUUGUUUUACUGUUCCAUGGAACCCCUUUCUUCAGAUCUAGAGCAGACUAGAUGGCACAGUGAAAAUGGUGCUUUCCCCUAAUCCUGAUUAUGGCUUUGAGUUCCAUUCUUGAUCCACGUGGUAGAAAGAUAGUGGUCCCAUGACCUCUGUAUGUACUUGGUGCACACACGUGUACAUGUAUACACAUGGAAAUACGAUGUAAUUUAAAUUUUUAAAAAAGACUUGUUUUCUGUGCGUGAGUACUUUGUUUGCUUGUAUAGAUGUGUACCAUGUGCAUGCCUUGGUGCCUGUGACAGUCAGCAGAAGUCACCUAAUCCCUAGGAGCCAGAGUUGCAGACAACUGUGAGGUACCUUGCGGGUUAUGGAAAUGAAACCAGGUCUUCUGAAAGAACAGCAAGUGCUGUUAAUUGCUGAGCCAUCUUUAUCUUUUUUUUUUUUUAAAGGCGGUAUAAAGUGUAUUUUUCAUGUCUCUGAAUAUAGUUGAUUUUUAUUCAAACUGAGUUCAUUACUGAAGAUGCCAUUCUGUUUUAGCAAGUUAAACAACUGAGUACUGAAGGGUCUUAGGUUGCAUUUCAAGUAGUGGUAAUGAGUCUAAUUAAUAGGGCUGAUGCAGUUUCUAAGUAGAAUUUAAGUCUAAAGAUUAAAAGCACAUUGUUGAAUGACAUCGUUCUUGGACUCUUAGUACAACUUAAAGGUAGCCAGGAACUCACAUAUUUAAGAGUCAUUAGAAUGCCAAUAAUUUAAAUUUUUAAUUGGAUGCUGAACACAGUGCUUACGCCUGUAAUUUCAACACUUGGGAGGCUGAGGUCUCUUUGUGCUGAGGUCAACUUGGUCUACAGAAAAGAACCUCUUUAAAAACCCAGUAAUUUGGGGGAAAUAGAGUAUUAAAAAUACAUUAAGUUAACGUUCUGCAAAAAGUAGCUGGAGAGUUUUGUUUGGUUUAAGAUACAGAUAUGAAAAUUAUAAAGUAUUGGUUCUGAAGUUGAUGGAAAUACUUAAUACUGUUACUGGCUAUGCUUCCAGACAUGACUGAUUAAGGCUCAGAUUUCAUUUUAUUAUUUGUAUUUGAUUUUAGAGGCAGUUUGUCAGAUCCACAAGCUGUAGAACAAUUGUGGGCAUUAUUGGCUCGGGCAGAAACGUAUGCUUAUUUCCAAAACUCUCAGGCUGGCCUCUUGCUUUAGCCUCCCAAAUAAAUGUUUCUUUAACAUUUAAUAGGCAUCCUAAUUUUGUGGUGUCUGACAACUUAGUUAACUUAUGUCUGUGUUGUGCCUGGCUUUAUAUAUUGCUCUUUGGUAGUAUCCAUGAAAGUCCCAUGCCCUUCAAGUUUUAGUUUUGUAGUUCCUUUUAAAAGUGUUCUUACCAGCUAUGUGACUUCACUGAGUUCUUAGAAUAGAUGGUAAAUGUUACAAUUUUGUCACAGCAUUUCUUCUUAUAUAGAAUAAACCGUUUUUCAAUUAAAACACAUGACAUUAUCUAAGAUGUAAAAAAGAACAACCUUUAUCAUGUAACGUCUAUGCUUCUGUUAUUGAAGAAGGAAAGUUAUCUUUCCGGUUUGUAAUUGGGUAUAGAACUAACUUUUUAACAUUAACACAUGCUCGUUAGUACACAGGGAAGUGAUAGAGGGGGCAGGGGCAGGAAAGCUUAAUUUGGUUUUGAGGCAGUCUUACUUUAGCCUCAGCUGGCAUCAAACCUAGGGCAAUCCUCCAGCUUCAACCAAAAAUAAGUUUGAAACAAGGUUUUUUGUUGUAGGCCUGGCUUCCCCUAUAGAUUAGGCUGGCUGGCCUUUUGGAGAGAUCAGGUUGCCUCCAACUUCCCUGUGUAGGCAUUAAAAGUGUGCACUACCCCACCACGACUCUCACUUAGCCAAAAAUUUGAUGAUAAAGCCAUUUGGUGGAAGGACAAACAAUCCUAUAGUUUGAAAAUAGUGGUUGUUUGGAAUGUUUUUCUAUCAUGCAUAACACAGUACCUUUUCCCAAUUAAUAUGAUUGACUGUUUUAAAAGAUAUAGUUGGGGUGUGUUAAGCAGCUUGUCUAAUUUUAGCCUUGGGUAGAGACAGGAGCAAGAGAUCAAAGUGAGAAAACUAUUUUAUACAUAGUUUAAUAAAUGUCUAAAGUAUUUUAGUUUUUAUAUAAGAAUUUUCUAAGAAACCCUUACCUCCUGCAUUUCUGUGUAUGUGUAUGUGCUUUGCCUGUGUUUAUGUGUAUGCAUCAUGUAUAUGAUGUGUCCACAGAGGUCAGAAAAGAGGGCACAUCUGGAACAGAUGGUUGUGGUGCCAGGAAUUGAACUUGGGUCCUUGAGAAGAGCAGCCAGUGCUCUUAGUUACUAAGUCCUCCUUCCAGCCCCACUUUCUCUUUUAAACAAUUGGGAAGACUUUUUUAUAGGUAUUUUGAAGCAGAUGAAGAAAAUAGUUCUUUCUAUAUUCGAGUAUCCAAAAGUAGUAGUGUGGCAGUCAGGCUGUGUUUGGCUGCUUUGGAUAACAGUUAAGUAAUCUGAAAUUAGCUUACAGUCCUCAAGUAUUUAUUUGCCUCUUAAUUUAUAAGAGUUUGUCGGUCCUCGUUAACCGGAUGAUUUUGUUCAUGUUUGGUAUGUGGUCAGUUUAGUUCCUGCCAGACUGGUCUGAGCUCCUUUUCAAUUAUCCUGAAAGUUUGCCUUCAUAAGCUCAUCCUGGCUGUGAGUGCUUCCCUGGUGUUCUAAUGCACAUGUAGUGUGAAACAACUACUUACUUUUGGUGAGGCAGUUGCUUUCAGUCCAUUUUAAACACUGUUCUACUAAUAGCCUUAACAUAAUUUGGACUAGUCAUUUGUUAAUAUUUUGCUGCCCUUGGGGAAAGUUUAUACUCAAAAGUAUAUUUGAUAUUUUCUAACUUUAAAUUAAAAUUUAACAGAAAUAUCUGUUAAUUCUAUUAACAACACUAGUAGCAGAGAAAUAAGGGCACCAUUGUAAGGGGCUGUGUUAUUAGCAGCCUUGGGAACAGGCAGUCCCACUCUUAGUGUGUCAGGCUCAUGAUUGUUGAGAAUCUUUGCUUCGUAGUAAAAUUUCUCAUGAGUAGUUGGGAGUUGGCUGUAAUAAUUUGCCAUUUGAGACUGAUUAUUUUUAAAUGUACUUUUAUUUAAAAUAAAAGUAUAAAACUAA